UCACCAAUCCCCAUAAAUAUCCCUCCCUCCAAAACUCAAAAUAUCCUGCUCUGCUUCCCUAUCUGAAAUGUGGUGAAGGAGCACUAACAAUCUCGCUUCCUCACGGCAGGACCACCACCACCAGCGCCAUGAACGCUACUAGAGCUCUUCUCUACUCUUUCACCGACCGUCCUUUUCGCCCUCUAAAAUCACUUCCCGAUAUCUCGUGCCCUAAAAGACCUAGAGAGGCGCUUAAUUUCCGAGUCCGGUUACGCACUGAUCAAAGGUGCUGUAUCUUUCGGGUCUCGGUGAGGAAUUCGGGUCGGGGUGAGACGGGGAAGGUGUAUGCUGAUGUUAAGUCGGAUAGGUAUGAGAUCUUGGAGUCGGUUCCGGAAUCGGUGAAGUUGGAGGAGGAUACUUUGGACGAUGCCGUUCUGGAUAGUACGGUGCCGUGGUGGGAAGAGUUCCCUAAACGAUGGGUCAUUGUGAUUCUCUGUUUCUCGGCUUUUCUUCUUUGCAAUAUGGAUAGAGUAAACAUGAGCAUUGCAAUACUACCAAUGUCAGCCGAGUACAAUUGGAACCCAGCCACUGUCGGUUUGAUUCAGUCUUCUUUUUUCUGGGGCUACCUACUCACUCAGAUUGCUGGUGGCAUUUGGGCGGACACAGUGGGCGGGAAGAGGGUUUUGGGAUUUGGCGUCAUUUGGUGGUCCAUUGCCACGGCUCUUACUCCUGUUGCUGCUAAAGCUGGAUUGCCCUUCCUACUCGUUGUUCGCGCGUUCAUGGGGAUUGGCGAGGGGGUUGCGAUGCCUGCCAUGAAUACCAUUCUGUCCAAAUGGGUUCCUGUAUCAGAGAGGAGCAGGUCAUUAGCGCUUGUGUAUAGUGGGAUGUACCUUGGAUCAGUCACUGGCCUGGGCUUUUCACCAUUCUUAAUACAUCAGUUUGGAUGGCCAUCGGUCUUUUAUUCCUUCGGUUCUCUAGGAACAGUUUGGUUUGCUGCAUGGCUCAGUAAGGCACACAGUUCACCUCUUGAUGAUCCUCAGCUACGGCCCGAAGAAAAGAAGUUGAUUUUUGCGAACAGUUCUUCAAAGGAACCUGUUAAAUCGAUUCCUUGGGGACUGAUCUUGUCGAAACCCCCUGUAUGGGCUCUGAUAGUGUCCCACUUCUGUCAUAACUGGGGUACAUUUAUUCUUCUUACAUGGAUGCCAACAUAUUAUAACCAAGUCUUGAAGUUCAAUCUUACAGAAUCUGGGCUUUUCUGUGUCUUACCCUGGCUUACAAUGGCAUUUUCUGCAAAUUUGGGAGGGUGGAUUGCAGAUACUCUUGUAAGCAAAGGUUUAUCUGUAACAACGGUCCGUAAGAUCAUGCAAUCAAUUGGCUUUCUUGGCCCUGCCUUCUUCCUAACUCAGCUGAGCCACAUUGAUUCUCCUGCAAUGGCUGUUCUGUGCAUGGCAUGCAGCCAGGGAACCGAUGCAUUUUCCCAGUCUGGUUUAUAUUCAAACCAUCAAGAUAUUGCUCCUCGAUAUUCUGGAGUGUUGCUUGGUCUAUCCAAUACAGCUGGAGUAUUGGCAGGGGUGUUUGGAACUGCAUCAACUGGUUACAUCUUGCAACAUGGUUCUUGGGAUGAUGUUUUCAAGGUUUCAGUUGGGCUCUACUUGGUUGGUACAGUGGUCUGGAACCUCUUUUCAACUGGUGAGAAAAUAUUGGAUUAACUUUCAUGGAAGCCAACAUAGGUUACGGCUCAAGCCCAGUGAUUCCCGAACCAAUGCAGAAGGCUCAGAUGAUUGAAUGGGAAAAGGUGAAAUUGUGAACGAGAUUAAAUUGAAGAACAACUAGACAAAUUUCAUACGGGAUUCUUGAGCUUGAGGAACUGGAAAAAGAUUUUGAAUGCCAAAAUAUAGCUCAAGUUUAGAGUUGCAUGCAUGUCUGGGGCUCCAGCACAAAUGAAACAGUCGCAUACAUCUCAAUGAAGAAUGUACCUGUAAAGUAUCUCCGACCCUGCUUGUAAAUGUUACAUUCAAUACCUAAUGAAUCAGUUUUGUUUUUGCA